AUGUCCUCAACUCGUCCAUUCCUGCUGCUGCUGCUGACUGCCUGGAUCGUCGGACUAACGGGCGCAUCGCCCGCAUCGCAAUUGGGCCCCACUCUCUCGCAAGUAUACGACACCACCGACAAACUGCCACUGGCCAACCUCGGCAACUUGCAAGUGCACGAUCCCAACAUCGUCUACUGGGACGCCCAUUAUUAUCUUUUCAAGGGGGGCCACCAUGUGCCAUUCUUCAAGGCUGCCAACAUCAGCGGGCCGUGGACGCAGGUCGGCACCGUCCUUGACGGCGAUAGCGUGAUUCACCAGGGCAAUCGGUCACGGCCCUGGGCGCCCACCACCAUCGAGCGCAACGGUACCUUCUACUGCUUCUACACGCUCAGCACGCAUGGCUCGCGCAACAGUGCCAUCGGCGUCGCGACUACGACCACUCUCGACGGCAGCCCCUGGACCGAUCACGGCGCCGUUAUCCGUACCGGCCAAGGCAACGGCUCCGACGUUUGGCCCUUCACGAUCACAAAUGCCAUUGACGCCUCCUUCAUUACCGACCAGAGCACCGGUCAGGCCUAUCUCAACUUCGGCAGCUUCUGGCAUGAUAUCUGGCAGGUUCCGCUGACGGACGACCUGCUCGCCAUCAAGGACCCCGACAACCCUGACGCCGUGCAAUUGACCUUCAUCCCGCACCAGAGAGUCCGCCCCGAGGAGGGCUCGUGGAUGAGUUACCACGACGGCUAUUAUUACGUGUGGUUCAGCCACGGCCGGUGCUGUCGCUUCGAUACGGCCGGUUUCCCAGCCCGCCGCGACGAGUAUAGUAUUCGUGUGGGGCGAUCGCGAGACGUGCGGGGGCCCUUUGUGGAUCAAGAUGGCAAGGAGCUCGUAGAGGGCGGUGGGACGGUGGUAUACGGGUCCAACCACGGGCAAAUUUAUGCUCCAGGUGGGCUUGGGGUGUUGGCGGGGAAUGAUUCCACCCCGGAUAUCCUUUACUAUCACUAUCUCAACACCAGCAUUGGGUUUCUCGACGAUGAUGCCCAACUCGGCUGGAACUUCCUCAAAUAUGACGAUGGGUGGCCGGUGGCCCUCGAAGGCGAGAAUAUUGAACAUGCCGAGGCCGAGGCCAAGACCGAGAACAAGGCGUCUCAUAAUGGAGGGUCCAUUCUCAGUCUGCAGCGUUGGAUUUACUGGACUGUGGUUAUGUGCUCAUGGCUGUAUAUAUGGUCGUAG